AUGGCUAGUAACAUUACAUACCACGCGUCACCUGUCACUCCAGCGAUCAGAUCGUCGCUAAGAGGUCAGCAAGGCAUAACAAUAUGGCUUACAGGACUUUCAGCAAGUGGUAAAUCGACGAUCGCCGUUGCUUUAGAACAGGCUCUUCUGCGCAAACCACUGGGACUAAACGCGUAUCGUCUCGAUGGUGACAACGUCCGCUUUGGCCUCAACAAAGACCUUGGGUUUUCCCCAAAGGACCGAGAGGAAAAUAUUCGUCGUAUCGCCGAGGUUGCCAAGCUGUUCGCCGAUUCUUGCACGAUUGCCAUUACCAGCUUUAUCAGCCCGUAUCGUGCAGAUCGUGAUUUGGCGCGAAAGCUACAUGAAGCGGAACGACCUGGUGGUGAGCCGGGUGUACCGUUCAUUGAGGUUUGGGUUGAUGUUCCUGUUGAGGUUGCUGAGCAGCGUGAUCCUAAGGGUCUAUACAAGAAGGCUCGGGAGGGCAAAAUUCCUGAGUUCACUGGUAUUAGUGCACCGUAUGAGGAGCCUCUGAAACCUGAGAUACACAUCCACUCCGAUAAAACCAGUGUUGAGGACGCGGUGAAGAUUAUCGUCAAGUACCUCGAGGGGAAGGGAUAUUUAAGUCCUCCUCCGGAGGCCAAGGAGGAUUAG